CGUCUCCUGCGCAUGCGCGGUGAAAGUCUACGUCAGCUCUUCUUGAGUUAAGUGUGAGCAGAAAGCGACGUGUCUCUCAGAGCUCCGUGUGUCCCUCUUCUACUCCGCUCCUCAGAACAAGCCCGAACACACACCAUGGAUCAGGUCAUGCAGUUUGUGGAGCCCAGCCGGCAGUUCGUCAAAGACUCCAUCCGGCUCGUGAAGAGAUGCACGAAACCCGACAGAAAAGAGUUCCAGAAGAUUGCCAUGGCCACAGCGAUCGGAUUUGCCAUCAUGGGUUUCAUCGGUUUCUUCGUCAAACUCAUUCACAUCCCCAUCAACAACAUCAUUGUCGGUGGGUAACUCCUGGUCAGAGAACAACAAAUUUCAAUACCUGGCGAUGGUGACGGUGCUGUAAAGUGAUAUUGGGCUGAUGUGAUCGGGACUGAAGGGGAUGGCAAUUUUUACAUUCUGUGCACAACAUUUGUAUUUGCUGUGUAAAUAAAACAAAUGGAAACCCA